CGCUAUCGGUAACAAAGGAGAGAGCGAGAGCGUGGAAGCGAACAGUUUUAUAUCCCAAAUACCUACAAACCGAAUACAAGAUAACAUUAACGAUGCCAUCAUAAUUUAAAUAUAUAAUAAUAAUAAACGGUGGUGUGGUCAGUCGGACAAUUUGGACAAGAAAGCAUUUUUGAGCAUCAGCAGACGACAAAGACCGACAGUACUCCAAACGAACCUAACAGGAAAGAAAAAAAAUCUUAUAUAUUUAAAUAUAUAUUUAAAUAACAUUAAAAAAAAUGUCGACGUAUAAAUACAGGUCUAUAAUGUUAAUAGGAAGUCAAACUAUUUUGGUUUCUACAAUAAAAAUCAUUUCGGAAGGCAUUUAUUAGUGCAAUGAAUGGCUUUGUAUCUUUUAUGCAUCAAAAUUUAAUAUUGCCAAAAUGGAAAUCUGGUGAGGUUUAAAUUGUCAAUAAUGAAUAAGGAGAAGAAAAUACCAGAGAUUUGCUUAAAAAUGAUGAUUGUGUUUAAUUUUUUAAACACAGAUAAUAUUAAAAUAUAUUUGUUUGAGGACUAAACCAAAUGUAAUGGAUAGUCUGGUAUCAUGUUCACAGCCAAGUACUUUAGGUAAUCUGCUAACUAUGGGGACUGCCGCAAUGGUAAAUCAGAAUGCAUCAAUACCUGGAGGACUUAUUUCAAUGGCAGCUCCAACUAGCUUACCAGACCAUCUAGUAGUGGUGCAGAACAUGAAUGGAAAUAGUAACAUUGAAGAAGAAGAACCAAAGACCGAUAUCGUUACUUCUGCAUCUGCUACAGUACAAAAUACAAUUCAGGCAACUAAAGUCAACAGUGCUCCAAUAGGAUCAACUCCGCUCCCACCCUUAAUACCAGCUGGCACGGCAGUUGCCACUCCACUAGCUGGAAUGAUGGGUCUGAGUGGAAUUCCUCAUUUGACGGCACUAACUACCCUGCCGGGAUUGGGUGUGGUUGGUCAGAUAGCGGCACCUCAGAUGGUUCAGUCUUCUGUUUCCAUGUCGGGACAGAAUGCGGUCGGCAGCAACGGUACGACUACGGUCAUCACAAAUAGUAAUGCCGGGAACAUAAUGGCUGCAAAUGGACAAACAACAGUACAGCAGGUUCCUCCUCAAAUAGCCACUCAGGGAAUACCUCAGCCUCAGAUAGCAACAACACCUCAAUUUAUUUUGGCUGCUGGACAGCCUAUUCAAGGUAUCCAAGGUGCUCAGCUUUUAAUUCCAACAUCUUCUGGUGUAGCUACUCAACAGAUAAUCACCAUCCCUGUAACUCAAUUGUCUGGUAACCAAACAGUUCAGUUAGUUGCUUCGAAUGGCCAGAUAUUUACAACUACAAUGGCAAAUCUUCAAGCAUUAUCUCAACCUGCUUCGUUACCUGCAGUUUCUGCCCCCAACACAGCAACAAAUACUGUACAACCUCAACCGAUGCUUACUACUGGAAAUUUUACUGGAAUUGGAGGACAGGUUACUGCAUUGCCGCAAUUUUAUACUAAUGCUGCAGGACAGUUGGUAGCUAUAGGACCUCAGUUGAUUGCACAUCCUAUUGUUGCAUCUAGCCAAGCAACAAAUCUUGUCCAAAUGACACCUCAACUGACUACUGCUCAAUUACAACAGCAGGGACAACAACAACCUCAAGCAGAAGAUAAGCAGACGGCAUUAUCGACUGUAAAUGCACAAACAAAUGGACAAACAAUAAUAACAACAAAUAAAGUACAGACUGCUGUACCAAUCACUGCAAUUCCUCAGAAUGUUACAGUUAAAUCUCAACCUGCACAAAUUUCUAUUAGUCCAAUGUCAAUGACUGUUGCACAAAGGAUUCAACAAGGUCAGGGAGCAGUAUCACCACUAACUCAGGCAGUACAGCAGCAAGGAAUAUCGGUAACUUCAUCUCUGGACGGAAAUGGCACUUCACCUUCUCAUCAGUCAAAUACUAUAAGUAAUACAGAAGCCAAUGUCGUUGACGGAAUAAAUCUCGAAGAAAUCAAAGAAUUUGCCAAAGCAUUUAAAAUACGUCGACUGUCUUUAGGUUUAACCCAGACCCAAGUAGGACAAGCACUAAGUGCUACCGAAGGUCCAUCAUAUAGUCAGAGUGCCAUUUGCAGGUUUGAAAAAUUAGACAUAACGCCAAAGAGUGCUCAAAAAAUUAAGCCCGUCCUAGAACGCUGGAUGAAGGAAGCGGAAGAAAGGUACAAAAAUGGAGCGCACACCCUUACCGAAUUUAUUGGAAGCGAGACGACAAAGAAAAGGAAAAGGCGGACAUCCUUCACACCUUCGGCAUUAGAAUCGCUUAAUCAGUUUUUUGAUAAAAAUACUCAUCCUUCGGGAGCCGAAAUGACAGAGCUGGCUGAAAAACUGAACUAUGACCGAGAAGUAGUAAGAGUGUGGUUCUGCAAUAAGAGACAGGCAUUGAAAAACACCAUCAAGAAACUGAAAGGUGGAACAUUAUAAUGUUAGAUAUCUGUGCGAACGUGGGAAAAAUGCAAAGAAAAUUGUCAUGUGGAUUGCAUUAAUUUAAUUAGGCUAUACUCGUUUAUAUAGUAUAGUGUGAGAGUCGACAAAUUGUCGUAUUUGUAAUUUUAUUGACAAAAAUCAUCUGUAGAUAGUGCAUAAUGUAUUUGUGGAAAGUACAGUUGCCAUCUUAUCACAUAUACAAAAAAAACACAAAAAAAAAA